CCCUGGGUCUGUGCAGUGACCAGCCAGUCCCCUGAGAACUUUCCCUCCAGCACCAGGGAAAAUGGGAUUUUUGCUCCUUGUAAUUUUCGCUGUAGCAGCUUUGGAAGGUGCCUGGUCCCAGUCACUGGCGGAGUCCGGAGGGGAUGUGAAAAAGCCCGGAGACUCUCUCCGCCUCUCCUGCAAAGCCUCCGGGUUCACCUUCAGCAGCUACUAUAUGGACUGGGUCCGCCAGGCUCCUGGCAAGGGACUAGAAUGGGUCGCUCAAAUAUACCCCGGUGGGAGUACUACAUACUACCUUGAUUCAGUGAAAGGCCGAUUCACCAUCUCCAGGGAUGAUUCCAAGAGUGAGCUGUAUCUGCAAAUGACCGGCCUGAAGCCCGAGGACACCGCCCGCUAUUACUGUGCGAGAGACACAGUGAAACGAAACCGACCUGGCACGUUGGCUCUCCCGGGCCCGUCUCUGUGUCAGACUCACAGGACAGCGUCUGUCAGGGUCCCGUACAUGAGCCAUGACAUCCCACCGGUGCACCAGCACCCUGCUGUUCAUAAGUGUCUGGAGUCUGAUGAUGUCCUGGCUCUCUGCUGUGUCCUGUCCCAGCUCCAGCGCCAGCUCCAGGAGUCCGGCCCGGGGAUGGUGAAGCCCGGAGAGACCCUCACACUCACCUGCACUGUCACCGGGGGCACCAUCACUAGCAGCUACUACUGGAAUUGGAUACGCCAGGCCCCAGGCCAAGGGCUGGAGUGGAUGGGAUACUGGAGUGGGAGUACAGGCUACGCCCCGUCUCUCCAAGGCCGAAUCACCAUCUCCGUGGAUUCUUCCAACACCAAAUACUAUCUGCGGCUGAGCUCGCUGACAGCUGCAGACACCGGCACCUAUUACUGCGCCAGAGACACAGUGACACAGGGCAGAGCAGGGACUGUACAAAAAGGGGAAGUGGAUUCUAAGCAAAGCAGUGGCCUCUCCCCGGUGCAGCAUGUCUUGACCGGCCCAGGAGCGGUGAAGCCCGGAGAGACCCUCAGUAUCACCUGUGUCGUCUCUCAGGUGCAGCUGAUCCAGAUCGUCCGGGAGCGGUGA